CCCCAGGAGAUGCCGGCAUGUCCAUCAUCGGCCCCCGUGGCCCCCCUGGUCAGCCAGGCACUCGAGGUUUCCCUGGAUUUCCGGGUCCCAUUGGGCUCGAUGGCAAACCGGGCCACCCCGGACCCAAAGGGGAGAUGGGCCUGACGGGUCCCCGAGGACAGCCGGGACCUCAAGGACAAAAAGGAGAAAAGGGUCAGUGUGGAGAGUACCCACAUCGGGAGCAUCUAAGCAGCACUCUUUCGGCUCUGCGCUCCAACCAGAUCAUUACCCUCAAGGGUGAACAGGGCCAGGCCGGCAUCCAAGGCCCGCCGGGGCCACCAGGCCCCCCUGGACCGAGCGGACCUCUGGGGCCCCCAGGACUGCCAGGGCCCAUGGGGCCACCUGGCUUACCCGGGCCUCCUGGACCGAAGGGAGACCCAGGGAUCCAGGGCUACCACGGCCGGAAGGGGCCCCCUGGUCUUCCUGGACAAAUCGGCCCACCCGGAGCCCCAGGCCAGAAGGGGGAGAUCGGACUUCCAGGCCCUCCAGGACACGACGGGGAAAAGGGACCUCGAGGCAAGCCAGGAGACAUGGGCCCUCCCGGUCCCCAAGGCCCCCCAGGAAAGUUUGGACCUACAGGAAUGAAGGGAGAACACGGACACCCGGGGAGCCCAGGAGAAAAGGGGGAGAAAGGGGAGACAGGACAGGCGGGCCCACCGGGUCUAGACGGCCCAACUGGGGAGAAAGGAGAACCAGGUGGCCAAGGGAGACCCGGAGCAACAGGAUUGCCCGGCCCUACCGGGCUCCCGGGAUUUACAGGAGAGAAAGGAGAGCCCGGGGAGAAGGGGGAGCCAGGAGUGGAGGUUCCUGGGCCUCCAGGGCCAGAGGGGCCCCCCGGACCUCCGGGGCUCCAAGGUGUUCCUGGACCAAAGGGGGAAGCAGGACUAGAUGGAGCAAAAGGAGAGAAGGGUGUCCAGGGAGAGAAAGGAGAUCGAGGGCCGCUGGGAUUACCCGGAGCUUCAGGUUUGGACGGCAGGCCUGGGCCACCGGGUACUCCAGGACCAAUCGGAGUCCCAGGCCCAGCGGGACCAAAGGGCGAGAGGGGCAGCAAAGGUGACCUGGGGAUGACAGGACCAACAGGAGCAGCUGGGCUUCCUGGUUUACAUGGACCACCCGGAGACAAAGGAAACCGGGGACACCGAGGUUUUAAAGGAGAGAAAGGGGAGCCGGGGUUACCAGGGCUGGACGGACUGGAUGCCCCAUGCCCAUUGGGUGAAGACGGUUUACCAGUCCAGGGCUGCUGGAACAAGUGAUGCCUCUAACCUGGGAUGGGCCUGUGUGUGUGUUUGUACAUAGAAUAUUUAUUUUUAUACAGUUUUCACUUUUUGAAAAUGCCAGAAGUAUGAUGCAUCUUACAGAUUAUUAAAAAAAGGAAAAACCUGCAUAUUUUGUACAGAGAAUGCCAACCUCUUUCCCUUUGUUUACAAGAUGUUUUGUAUAAGUCUACGACUCUAAUACACUUUUUGUUUGUGA